AUGUUGUCACUCAGGUUCUCCCGCACAAAAUACAUCACCAACGCCGCCAAUGUUCCCUCGUCAGAACAAAACUACAGCAGCGAUUCUGCCUUGGGAUCACCGGACAUGAGCAGUGUCAGCGUUGCCGUGGCAACGGAUCUUGAUAACAUAGCAGACUAUGACCACGACGACACUUUGGUGGAAUUAAAUGGGGGAAAUGACAGUCCACCGCCACCACCACCAGAUGUCGCUCAAAAUGAUCUCAUGAUGAGACUGGGUCUGUUGCUAGGUGACCGCAUGGGCAACAGCAGCGACAAGUUGUCGCCAUCACCCAUGCAGCAGAUGGCCAAUCAGACGGAAGAAACAUUUACAAGUGUGUCGUCGCUGGGCAGCAGCGAGACAACUCCCGAGAAGGGGCUGUCUGACACAAGUCCUAUGUCCACAUUAACAGUGUCUUCAGGCAGUGAGCGGGGGAUGCCAGGGAUGCGGGCCACAUUCAACCCGAUGUUCCAGGGCAGCGGUAGUCGCGACGUCAGCUCCGACAGUAUGACGUCACUGAUGAGCACCAGUACUGGUCACUCCGCCAGCCCACUGUCCACUACGCAGAGACCCCACUCUAUUACAACGUCAAUGCCUGGUGCUAUAGAAGAGUUGCCGCUGUUCGGCAAGCGCCGAUCAUCGCUGCGAAGAUCGGCACGGGCGACGGUGUCUCACACUGAUGGGAAAGUGAGGUUCACCCCGAUUCGACCCCCGCAGCUUCACCUGGCUUCCAUGCAGUUCGAGGUGCCCCACCCAGAGGGAACUGCCAUCUUCAUUGGGAGAGAGUGGCUCUUCCGGGAGAUAGAAAUGGCUCUCAACGGUGAAAGUCCAACGCGGUCUCAGGGGGUCACACUGACCGGUCAUAUAGGGAGCGGCAAGACGGCAAUCGUGGAACAACUAGUUAACUACAGCUGUUUCGGAGAUGGCAAGGGGGGAAUUAUCUCCAACGGAGAUGUGCAGAAUGGCUUCGGUCACAGCCCAACAGCAACGCUCAGUGCCAUGACGAGCAGCGCCCGUGACAGCCCUCACUCCUACCUCAGUGUGUCUAUGGCAAACCUCAACUAUGACUCUCUCAAGAGUCUCGGAUCCCAAGUUGUUGCCUACCACUUCUGCCAGGCAGACAAUAACGUGACUUGCAUGGUGCCUGACUUUGUACAUAGCCUGGCGUCGUAUCUCGCCCGAUCUCCACAGCUCACGACCUACCGAGAGAUGCUACUACAGGAGCCUCAGAUCCAACACUUGUUGAGUUUAAAGGAGUGCAUUCUCAACCCAUCUUUGUCUUUCGUCAAGGGAAUCUUGGAGCCUUUAAGGAUGUUGAAGAAUAAAGGCAAAAUUGACUCAGAUAGUUGUAUCAUAUUGGUGGACUCAUUAAACGAGGCAGAAUUCCACAAGCCCGACCAUGGAGACACCAUUGCUUCAUUCUUGUCUCGUCACAUCAACAAGUUUCCAUCAUGGCUGAAAGUGAUAGUGACGGUGCAAACCGUUCUUCAGGACAUUGUGCGGAACUUACCUUUUCACCGAGUGCAUAUAGACAAAAUAUCGGGCAAUGAUAUGGUGCUGCGAGAUCUCGGGGAAUACAUUCACUACAGAAUCAAUGCAAACUCCAGAAUACGGAAUAACAUUAGUUUGAAUGGGAGAUUAGAUCCAUCAAUGCAACAGAAAUUCUGUGGCCAUAUACAGACUCUCAGCAAAGGGUGUUUCCUCUACUGCAAACUCGUCCUUGACCUUAUCGAAAAAGGUCAUGUGGUGAUCAAAAGUUCCAAUUACAAAAUCUUGCCUGUGAAUGUAUCGGAAAUCUUCCUGUUGCAUUUCAAUCUUAAAUUUCCGAGUGUUCGAUCAUUUGAGAAGAUUUCUUCGAUUCUGGGAGUGUGUUUAGCGUCAUUGUACCCGCUCACGAUGGAGGAAAUAUACCUGACAGUCAACUCCGGAUACAUUCAGAGAUUCGUAGCGUGGCCAGAGUUCCAGUCCAGGAUGGAAAUUUUGUCAGGCUUCCUCCAUCGCCGUAGCGACAGUAGACUCAUGUUCUUCCAUCCCGCCUUCAGGGAGUGGCUCAUUAGACGAGAUGACACUGACUCUCCAAAGUUCCUAUGUGAUCUUCGCAGUGCCGAGUUCGACUACAGGAAUGGGCAUGCUCUGAUGGCGUUCCGGUUGUCACGUGUGUCGGCGCCGCUCGGACCUGACAAGACGAUAGAGCUUGGCCACCACAUCCUGAAGGCACACAUCUACAAGAACGUCAGCAAGCAGCUCGGAUACUCAUCCCGAGACAUGCAGGCGUACUGGAUGUGCCUCAGUUCCGACAGUCUCAGCAGUGCUCUCGUGUCGCAGAGGAACGUCUAUUCUCCCAAUGUCAAGGUGAGUCGCCUGAUCCUCCUGUCUGGCGCCAACCCCAACAGCCGCACAGAGUUCAACAACAGCGCCCCCGUGCUGUGUGUGGCGUGCAAGGAGGGCUACUCCGACAUGGCGUCGCUGCUCCUGGAGUUUGGUGCUGAUAUCGAUGCCGUCUCCGAAGUUGGCAUGUCUGCACUGUGCUACGCUGCUGCUGCCGGGCACACUGACGUUGUCCGCUUGUUGUGUAUGCAGAACUCCAGGCUGUCGCUGAUAGACAACCAGGGUCAGUGUAGCGUGGUUCACGCAGCCAUCCACGGACAUCUGGACACAAUGGCCCACAUCCUGCAGUUUGACUGGCCACUGUUCCACGGGGAGCCCACCAAACCCGAGGCCAUGCAACAAGCGUUUGUAAUGGCCGCAGCCACUGGACACAAACAUAUCUGUGAGUACCUGAUGCAUGCUAGCGGAGGAGCAGGCCUCAACAUGGUGGACACCCUGCUGGGUGAAACUGCUCUGACAGCCGCGUGUCUCCACGGGAAGAAGGAGGUGGUCCAGUUCCUCCUGGACGAAGAUGUGGCUGUCCACGUCCCGAACAGCAAGUCCUUCAGCCCCCUGCUGUGUGCUGUGAAGGCAGGGAAGUGGGAGAUCGCUGACACGCUGCUGGCAGUCGGGGCACCCAUAGAUCAGACAGACAAGUAUGGCCGCACACCGUUGAUGAUCGCUGCCAGCGAAGGACAUAUUGGAGUUCUGGAGAUGUUACUGCUGAAAUGUGCCCAGCUGGACCAGAUAGACAAGGAAGGACUGACGGCUCUCUGCUGGGCAUGCCUUAAAGGUCAUCUAGCCAUCGUCCAGUCCCUGGUAGAUCGUGGCUCCGACAUCCAUCACGUGGACAAGAGUGGACGCAACCCUCUCCACCUUGCCGCUUUCUACGGGGAUGCUCAAGUUGUGCAAUAUCUCAUUGACAAGGGCGCUCAUAUUGAGCAUGUUGAUCACAACGGCAUGCGCCCUCUGGACAGAGCCAUCGGGUGUCGGAACACCGCCGUCAUUGUCUGCUUCCUCAGGAAAGGUGCUAAACUAGGUCCAGAGACCUGGGCAAUGGCUUCUGGGAAGACAGAUGUGCUGCUGCUUCUCCUGAACAAACUGAUGGAAGAUGGGAACAUCCUCUACAAGAAAAAUCGAAUCAAGGAAGCAGCACAACGGUACCAGUAUGCUCUGAAGAAAUUCCCUCGGGAGGGUCUCGGAGAAGAGGCUCGAACUUUCAAGGAUCUGAAACUGAACUUUCUCCUCAAUCUCUCACGCAGCAAGAGGAAGAUGAAUGACUUCACGUCAGCCAUUGAUCUUGCCACUAAAGCUCUGGAUCUGAAGUCCAAGUGUUUUGAGGCCUACUACGCACGGGCACGGGCAAAGAGGGAUGAUAGGCAAUACGCGUCUGCUCAGCAAGACUUGAUGGAAGCUCUGCGUCUGUCGCCAAACAAUCGGGAGCUGCGCCGUCUGCUGAUGAGGGUCAAAGACGAAUGUAAGGAGCAGGCGAGAUUUGACGGAGGUCAACUUCCUGUGGGAGAGAUGGACAGAAUAUCGGAGGACGAGGAUGACACAAUAUCUGUGACGGACAGACACCCAGAGGAGACAGCUUUAUGAUAGAUGCUGAUUUAUCACAGAAGCAGAACUGUGAUGAUAGACAAUGGAGUCACAACAUGGAUGGCUACAUUUAGUGACAUGUCAUUGUUGAAGUGUCGCUGAUUAUCACAGCAGCAGAACUGUGAUGAUAGACGGUGGAGUCACAACAUGGAUGGCUUCAGUUGGUGACAUGUCAUUGUGUCACAGGUGAUGAGACAUUGUUGACAUGGGUUAUAACAAACAGACAUGGAUUUGUCAUGACAUGACAUUGUCAUGUUGAGGUGUUGACAGUGACAGUGGAUGUGUCACAGGUGAUGAUAUAUCAUUGUUAAAGUGUCGUCAUCACACACGGAGAUGGAUGUAUCGCCGUUGAUGAGACUUCGUUGAAGUGUCAUGGUGUUGAAAUAUAGACACAGAUAUGUGUCACAGUGUUGACAUGAAAUUGUUGUCAUGGUGAUGAUCAACACAGUUAUCAGUGUUCAUCGCAAGACUGGUGGACAUGAUGGUGUGUCAUGGCGUAGUCGUAGUGACAGCGAUGAGGAGAAUGGUAGACACUGACGUGUCACAUUUCUGGCGGGAAAAACUUGGUACAACAAUGUGAGGAAAGCAACUUACUGGAACAAAACAUUCAUAAACCAGGAAUCUGCAGUUGCAAGAAUUAAGUGACCUACAUUGGUGUAUUGCAAUACGUUCUUGGCUGGAAAUAUUUCAUGAGUGGAUCAUUGUCAGUAAAUACAUUGUACCUACAAUUUCAAGAUCAGCGGUGAGACUUAAAGUGAGAACAGUCUAAAAUGGCUCUGUUUGACCUAAAAACUGAAGGUGAAGCUUAUUGAAUCAGAGGCCGUUUACAUCUGUGAAGGGGUACUAGUGUUGCCCUUUAACUUCCUGUGUAGAUGAAAGAGAGGCUGCUAAGUGUUUCCUGACAACUUAUCAAGACAAGAUGUUUAACCAAAGAGCUCUGACAUGGAACCAACUGCCAGAGAAUCAGAAACAAACCGGGACAGAGUCAAGGUGAAAUAGUCUGACAGAUCAUCAGACAUAUAAAUAAUACGCAGACUUUGAACGCUGUUUUCAAUUUCACCGUUAAUCCGAGAUACACAACCUGUAAGCUCUGCCUGCCUAGAAAAUCUUCUUACUCAACAGACUCUAGGAGCAAGCACUUGUCUUUAAGACAAGUUUGAUGGAAUGUAAUUUUGUUUUGUUGUUUCAUUUCAUCAUCGUCCAAGAAAACCAGAGACAGUUCAGUUGUUGUCAUGACGACGUGAAUACAAGGAUUACAUGUGUUCAAGUGAUGAGUGUUGAUGCUGAGUCACAGCUAGUGUUGCAGAAUGGAGCAUGAGACUUAGGUGCAAUCAGUGCAUGGAUGUUUCGACACAUUUAUUUUUGUAUUGUUAUUUGAUGACUGGACCAGAUGGAGUGUGACCAGGAAAGCUGGGACAUUUGGAGGUUUCUUCGCAAAGUCAAUAUCUGCGAAGCAUCUGCAAUAGUCAUGCUUUCCUAUAUAAUGGGGUGCAUACAGGUCAAUAAUGUUACUACAAAUAUACACGUAAUAGUCGAACGCCACAAACAUUUCAAUGUGUGGUUUCCGGAUAAUGGAUACGUUAUAUAUUCAAGUUUGUUUACAAUUCUAGGGAUAUUCUAGCAGUUGGACAUAAUAUUUUUCUUCUGUAUGGAUUCAUUAAUUACUAUAUUUGAACAAACCUCCUCGUAUACUCAUCUCCGAGGAAGAGGUUUUAUGAAUAGCAAGUUGUCCAUAUAUAUCUUCACGUUCAUCCAAAGUCAACAUGUCAGAGAUCUCAUCUCAGAUGUUCAAAGAUGCUGCAUUUAUUGUUCCCUUGAAUUCACUGUCUUCUUGGUCGUCUGGACAGUUUUGAGGGGAAUCUUCCUGGGACUAGUUUUGGUCACAUUAUUGUCAUAUGAUGGAACAGCCAUUUGUCGUGACUAUGUGUAAAGGGUAACACAUUCUAGUUGCUUAAUCUCAGAAUCUUGCAAACAAUUACUGUUAUUGAUGUCAUCAAGACAUAUUAUGCAGACUUUAUGAGGUUGAAUUUGGCUGAGCAAAGGAUUGUGUUGUGAAGUCUGUGGGCCUGAGCAUUAAGUCAUCAGGCAAGGGAGACAACUCUAUAUGGCAUAUCUAACUGACCACCAUAAUACCAUGUGAUUGUUUCCAGUCUUCCAUUUCAUCAGCUGAAGAGACAUGCCACUGGGAAUAUUGAUAUUUGCUUUGUCCAAUAAAAAGGAUUUUUCAAAAUCAUUUAAGUCAAAACCUGCUUCACACAAAAUCUAAUGAAUAUUAAAUUUUGAAAUUGAUAUCUCUUUUCAGCCUGAAAAAAAUAAUGAAUAUUGCAAUCCAAAAGAAUUUUUACAAUCAGAAUUCUGAAUAAUCUUAAAAUCAAUUUGCUUGUAUAGCGUGAAUGCUUGAGAAUUAAACUUGUGAUGUUAUUUGUGAACCAAUGUAACUGUUCAUUCAGAUGAGAAUGAGAAAAGUGCUCUUUGUUUAAAUUUAUGGUGCUUUCAAACUAUGUGGGUUGUGUGCUUCACUUCAUUUCACAAUCAGGAUACUGAGUGCUUUUCAAUAAUUUUGUAUCUUCAUUGUUAUGUGUAAAUAAUAUCAGCAGUAACAGAUUGUUAAUAUAGAUAGUAUUUAAGUUGUUUAUUUAUGUGAAAUACAAUCGGUAUGUAAAAGUGUCAAUAUCAGUAUACCAAACUAACUAUGCAUUCACUCACGCCAGCCUGGGGUGAACAUCUAAAAAAUUAAUUUCGGGAUGUUCUUAAAAUUUUGUUAUUUUUCAAAAUAUUGUCUUUAUGAUUUUGUGGGUACUUUUCAACAGUUAUAGGAAAGAAGUUAAAUAAAGAUGUAAAAUUAAAACAUUUGGUCUAAGAACUAGGUAUGUUAAAAUUAGCAUUAUUAUGCAAAUAAGGCAACAUUUUGCCUGUGGAUUGUGUCAAAAGUGGAAGAGUAAAAUGAAAAUAUAAGUUUAAGAUGCAGAAAGAUGUGUAGGACUUUUCCUAUUCAUCCCAGGCUGUGGUCGUGACGUUGGAAAUCCUGUGUAGUUUUAAGUUACUGAGAAUACUAAUUUGACUUUCAUGUAACCAUGGUAACUGCCAUAUAUUGUACAGUGUACAGUCCUUAUAAGGCUCAUGUACAGUUGUGUACAGCAACAAGUUACAGAACCUACAUGUACAUCUAGAUUAUUUUUUCUUAAGAUUUGAUAUUUAAUCUGAUGUGCAAGACCCAAUGAGAAUAUUGUGUGGUCAUAGUUCCUGCUUGGUGCGUUGAUGCAAGUUCAUUACCGUGUUCGUAGUUGAUUGUUAUGUCAUACAAAAACAGAAAGUGAUAUGUUCCUCUGUGAGAUGAAUUAAACUGUCUCUGGGGAAGGAUGAUCAUAUACAGAAGGAUGAUCAUAUGCAGAAGGAUGAUCAUAUGCAGAAGGAUCUCAAUGAGGAAAUACCCUGUGCCAGAGUGUCAGAAUUGGAACAGAGGAACCAUUCUCAUUCUGUACAAAUCGGUGAAAUUCUGAAUUACCACCUGGCAUAUUGCAUAGUGAGCAUAUUCAUGGUAUGCUCAGUUCAAGGUCAUCAGAUGACCUUUGAGUUUGAAUACUUUGUAGACAUGUCCUCUCCUCCCGAGAUUCUCUGCCCCGAAGUGGUGUACUUGUGUUAUGAGUCUCAAGGAGUCUGUUAAGUUUCUAAUACUAAAUUAUUUGCAAUGUGUGUUAGUAUUGAAGGUGUAGUAUCAUGUACAGAAACAGAUCAGGGCUUUCAAUGUAGAUCUGACAGUAGUCUGUACACUAUCAUUCCUCGUUUCUGUAUCCUGCCAAACAUCAAUAAAUCAGUGCAAACAUA